CCCUAUUAGAUCUGCAACUUCUGGUCGGCUAGGAACUUCACGUAGGUACAGUAGUUGCCAAGCCUCGCUUCCUUAGGGCGUCGUUCAGCUGUCAAAUCCAUUAUUCCUCUUCAGCUCUUCGCGCCGAGUGUUUUCCUGGGUCGGACAGGGCCCAAGGAAGGCCGCGCCAUCUGGCAGCACAGGAAGGGCCUUGAAAAUCAAGCGACCAUGCCUGAGUACGUGCAGCAAGACAGAGGGCUUUCCCAUUGGUCAGCCGUGUUGCUACGGUAACAAGAGACGCUGCUGCGGUGCUGCGUGGGAGCCACUGCGGAACUCUGGAACAGACCAAUGGCCAGCAGGAAGAAGCAAGCAGCUUUGCAGAUGUUUAUCAAUAAUCAGGAACUUUGGGAAGAAAUGUUGGGUUCCAAAGGACUGACUGUGGUAGAUGUUUAUCAAGGCUGGUGUGGACCAUGUAAAACAGUAGUAAAUCUCUUCAGGAAAAUUAGAAACGAACUUGGCAAUAACCUCCUGCAUUUUGCUGUGGCUGAGGUAGAUUCAAUUGAUGCCCUAGAGAAAUAUCGUGGAAAAUGUGAGCCUACAUUUCUCUUCUAUGGUGGGGGUGAAUUAGUAGCAGUUAUAAGAGGAGCAAAUGCCCCAUUGUUACAGAAAACCAUUCAGGAACAACUGGAGGCAGAACAGAAGGUCUUGGAACAUGGUGCAGAAAGAGUGGUGAUCCAGGAUGAAGCUCUUCCUAAGGAAGAUGAAAGCAGUACUCUUGGAGAGGAAGAGGAAGAGGAUGAGGAAGAUGAAGCAGAUUAACCUGUUUGUCUUCCAAGACUGGUUUUCCAAUUGCCACUUCACACAGAAUGAAACAUGUGGCAAAUGAAUUUCUCCUUAUAGUAGUAUGGAAAAUAAAACGUGUCACCCAUGGUUGACUGUCUGACACCAGUACCAGAAAUAUAUUUGAGAUAGAUGUGGUCUGCAUAAAAAUGCAAAUGUUAUGCCUCAUCCAAUAUGGCAAGUAGUAGAGAUGGCUGAUAUAAUGGAAAACAAUAAAGUUGUCAUGAAUUUAUAUUAGUGACCAUAUCACCUAUAACUAAGGUUAGGAGCCAAGAUAACUUGUUCAAUGUAUAAUUUUUUAUUAGACAUGCAUUUGUUAUUAGGGCAGUACUCUUGACAGAUUAUCAGGCUACCUCUGUUCAAACAAUGAUGAUAUGAACGGGAAGGAAACACAGUCAUACUAUUCUUUCACUCCACCCUGCUGCCCGCACACUUAUGUGAAGCAAUAGACAAAGCUUACAUGAUGUAUACACUAGAGUACAUUCAGUUUGGUCACCAUCAUUUGUGGGAAAGAAUCAGUGGCUACAAAUUACACUGCCAUUGCUCGCAUUCUUCCAUCUUUUACAAUUCCAGCAUUUAACCAGCUUCUUUUGGUGAUAUUUUAGCACCAUCAGUAGCUUGAUUUUCUAUAUAGUGCAUAUCUAGAAAUAUGAUCAUACAGCACAGAACAAUCACCAGAUGCCUUGCAUAGUUGUGACUUUUGAGCUGUCAUCAUACUGCAAAAUAGAUUAACUUCUCUUCACUUAUCAGAUACAUAACAGAAUACCCGACAGCAUGCAAGUUUUCUAUGUUGCCAUGGCUUACCUAGCAUCUGUUGAUCAAUAUUCUUUUACCUCAUGGUCUGUAGGUUGUAGGAAAUAAAGUGGCUUGUUUCUGGAAAACAUCAACAAUAGGGUGUAAGGAAAAUUGCAUUAUUAUCUCAUGUUAUCAACCCCCAUGACAUAGUGUUUUAAGCAAUAUAGCAUGCUUGGAUAACCUAAUUAAUUAAAUAGAAUAUCCAGUCAUGCAAAAGAUUAAAGUAUUGUGUUGUUCCCAAGUAUCUUUCAGCACUUAGCAAUUGAAUUCAGAAAUAAUAAUGCAGGAAGGAAUGAUAUAAAAUAAUUAGUGAGUGCAUUUCUCAAAAGUUAUUAUCACUCACUCUGUGUAAAACAUGUACUGUAUAGAAGAACAUUCUCAUUAAUAUACAUUCAAUACAGAAUAAACAAUUUGGUACAUAUGGUGUUGGCUGAGUCAGAUGAAAAUAGUUGAUGUUGUUGGCAGGGUAUGCACUGUUUCCAACAUGUGCUUGAUGUUCUAGAGUUAGAGUUUGCUUUAAUUGUCUAACUUGUACACAUUUCUUAAUGGCUUUUAAUUACAUACUUUGUCCAUAAGGUAAUGUAGUGUUCCCUUUAUUAUGGCAAUGAUUCAUGUUUGUUAUGGUAAUUGUUCGUGCAUAUUCAUGUUGCUGAGAGGCGGAGCCAAUAAAGAUGUGAUAAGAGGCGGAGUCAGAGUUU